GAAGAACGUUUCUCAAAGUGCUAAAGGUCUUGGAUAUGGACUGACUGGUGCUUUAAUGCUCCAUCGGGACUCUCCUGACGGAUCAGAUGCCCAAGGUAAAGACUGAGAAAUAUCUUGGCAUAUUCCCAACAGUGUGAUCAAAAUCGAUGGACAUAAGUAUCAAUCACCAAUCACUAAUUGUGUGUGGUCUCAGUACUUACACAGGAUCGCGCGAAACUGUACACGCUUUAAAAACCUCCGCACGUUGAGAUGUCCCUACUACCAGCGUGACCAGAGUCCAGUAGUCAGGAUGACCAGGGAAGAAUUUUCCCACAGUUCCUCAGACACUCAGGCAAACCUGGAACUCUCAGAGAUAGCUCACCUUACCGAAAAUGGGUUCCCUGGAUGUGGCAAUACCCCUACUCCGGUACCGCCAGGUCCCCGCCAUCCAAGCGUCCCCCUCCCGUGUUCACGAUAUCGAUACUCGCUGUCUACAACAGAAACGAGGACCUUCCGAUCCCGGCAUUCCCGGUGUUGCGUCGGCACGGCCGCCAUUUUGUUGUCCCUUCUGACUGUUGGCGUAUUUCUUGGAAUCAUGAUACAUUUCACAGUGGUAGAUAUCCUGUGGAAUGAUGACGGUGGCGUAUCUAAGCAACCUGUUCCGAGAGCGGAGACUAAACUGGGGAAUGCUGUGCCAGAUUUCUUAGGCAGUGUUAAAGUCUCCAAUCUGGAGUGGGACUACCCCUUGUCUGUGUCAGACAGUCGGCCUUACAGGGAGUUGGCAGUGGCGGUAGAGCAAGAGCUGGAUCGGGUGUUCCUGCUGAGUCCGCUGAAAGACAUCUACAACUUCAGCCUCGUGAGAACCUUCAGGCGUGGCAGCAUUGUGGCGGUGUUCGAGACAGUUCUCACUGACCAUAGAGGCUUGACCACAGACUCAUUGAAAGAAGCUCUUGUCCAGGGGUUGGAGACCCGCAACUACAUCCGGGGAUCUGGUGACGUCAAGGAAACCAAGCACGGGGUUGCCCUGGACGCCGAGAGCAUACAGAUUGUAACACUCAGCACAACAUCCCUACGUGACCAAAGCACCUCCCGCCUCCUCCCUGUUCUAAUUGAAAGUGAACCGACUAAAAAUAUGGAGACAACGACAACCGUAUCACAAGAAAAAACUCCAGAAUCAAGUCCAAAAGAAGACCCAACCACAAGGACAACAAAAUCCUCAACCCAAUCGUCCACUGAUGGUGAAAACAACGCAGACUCCCACACCCAUAUAUGGAUAUGGAGACCUCCGAAAACAUCCCAACAAACAACUAAAGGUUCCCCUUCAGAACCAUCAGGGCCUUCCACUGAAUCUACCUCAAACUCUCCUCAUGAAGUUGAUUCAUCAACCCCUGCACAAACAACGCAUGAAAGCACAGACUGGCAUACAGCAUUCUGGAAGGACCAGUUUUCAGAUAAGCAAUUUCCAUUUUCUGAUUUUUGGUAUUCAUCGUCAACUCAUAUCCCAGAGAAACGUCGAACAUUGUCUAACACCCCUAAAAGACCUAAUCCAGAUGAAUCCAAGGAUGGCCAAUUGUCUGAAAAUCCCAAAAUUUUGUUAAGGACUACCCCUGUUUCAGCUGUGUCUGAGAAUUCGACCAGGUAUCCUUCUGAUAAAACAUCUUUCCAAGGUUCAACUUUUGCGACGAAGACUGCUGAAAAUUCUACACCCCAGAACACCCAAACACUGCCUAAUGUGAACUCAACACAAGUAACCAGUGAAGCCAAUUUUGUUUCUAACGGUUCCACAAAAUCAACUACAAAUACCAAGUUACCAAACACUACAACAAAGGCAUCCAUUUCUGAGUCCUCAAAUUCUGAUUCAGAUCAAUCUUUCAAACCACCCAGCAAUGAAAAUGAUAAUUCUAUCCCAAAAGUACUAAGUGAGUUGAAGAAAGAUGACACGAAAAACACAGACACUUCCAACAUGACCAAUGUUAUUGAAAACAUUCCCCAUGAAGAUUUCGAACAUCAUGACGUCGCGUCCUCUCCUGUUGACGAGACGCCUCAAAACAUAGAAACAAAUGUCCCAAUUUUAAAUGAGGACGUGGUACCAGUUAACACACCUUCACAUAUCAGAGAAGUUUCAGAAAAUAUUUCCCAUGCCAAUGAGCAUAGUUUAUUUGAUAGAGAGUCCCAGCAGACAUAUACCCCUGUUACGAAGGUAAAGGAUAACCGUGACGAAGACCCUGCAAUCCGAGGUCAUAUAGGGCAAGUCCCACAGGAGAGUAUUGCAAGACAAGAACAUGGAGUAUUUCCCAACCCAACACACCCAUCGUUUGAAGACUACGUCUUGCCCGAAACUUCUAUGGAAAAUUACGAUUACGUACCAAGGUAUCCAGAUGUCAAUCUUAUUGCCCAGAAUGAUGCCAAUGAUGAAGGAUCAUUUAGGACCACAUCGCCGAGUGGUGCUGAGAGGAGUGGUCACGAUGAUGCUGUGCAUGAUGAUGGAGGUAGCAGAGAUGAAGCUACUCAGGGGGGAGGCAGUUCGGGUGGAAUAGAUGCAGCCGUUGUGGUCAGUAGUACUGACUCGGCAUUGACUGGGGAUCCUGGUAACGGAGACAGUUUUUCAAAACAUACAGAUACAGGUUCGGAUACUGGUUCAGAUUCACUUGAUGGUAGUCCUACGGUUGCUUCUGCAACACAGGUGACAUUACGGACAAGCUCAGACCUUGAAAAUGCUCUUGAUGAAAACUUACUCAAUGAAGGAAAUACGAGCUCUUUAGCAGAACCUGUCAAUAAAAAUGUUUCUUCUUUUGUGUCCGAUAACACAACGUUACCUAGCAUUAACAACUAUACCCACCCAGCAAAUCGUCCGGCUAUGGACAAGUAUAAAGCUAUGGUAAAUGACACGGAAGUUUCUCGUAAAGAUAGCAAUGGACAUAUCAGCUCACAAGUAAAGGACCCAUCUCAUGGAACCAAGACCUUCGAAAGCAAUAAUGACCUAAAAGAUAUGAUGCCUGCUGUAUCUAAGGAGGCAGAGACAGUUAUGGCUUCAGAUAUGGUAUAUUCUGGUGAUUCUAGUGUUCACCCAAGUCAGCCUGCUUCUGGCAUGUCUCCAUCUGAGCAACAAAAAGAUGCUGUUGAUGUUGUUGCAUCAAGUAGUGAAAGGCUUCCUGUCCACACUGAUCUUGAUGAUUUAUUGCCCAUUCUUCAAAGCAUUGCCCAUGACAGUACGUUUGAUUAUGAAGCUUUGGAUGUCAAUCCCACCCCUUCUGUACAACAUCCAUCAACACAACAUGAAUAUGUUGCAUCGUUCAGUCCCUUUGUAAGUUCAUCUGCAACUGUUUAUACUUCAGACAGCAUGGUACACCAUGGUGAUAAUAUGUUUGAUAUUACUCCAACAUCAGUGACAUUAACAGAAACGGUUAAUGGAAUUCAGAUGUUAUCGUCAUUACUGCAACCUGAAAUAUCAGAAAAUAAGCACCAAGUGUCCAGGCAUUCAGACAUUGAAGCACCUGCAAAUAUGCAACCAAAAGCUGUGAAUACACCGGCUUCUCAACUUGGAGAUGUUUCAGUAUUGAUAAUAAGUUCAUCAACUUCUUUUGACACAGGUGCAUCACUGAUGCAAUUCAGAGGAUCUGUUGAAGGUACUCCUGUGCUGAUGGCAAAUUCAGAUCAUAUGGACACGGAAGCUAUGUUGGAAAGUAGUUUAACAAAUAUGUUGCAUUCAGCAGUGACAAACAUCCAUGCAUCAGCAGAAAAUGUAGGAGGUAUUCUACAUUCAGAAGUUCCAAGUGUUGAGAACACUAGUACGACGGAUGCAUAUGAGACUGUGAAUGAUCCAGUUGCAGAACCUUCUGAGACAAAUGUAAAUUCACCAGCAGCUGUAACUGAUGAACAGUCAGGUAGUAUUUCCUCAGAUGCACGUUCAGAAGGAAGCUGGGCUGGGCAGGAAAACGAUGGACAUUCAUCAGGUUUAGAGACGGGUUCUAGUGUCACUGGUCUGGUAUCCGUGUCUCCUGAUUCAUUGAAUAUGAAUGCAAGUGACAUUGUACAUGUAAAUUCUCCUGUAGAUUCCCGCAAUGUGCCCGAGACGAAUAUAAUACCAUCACAAUCACAUGAAGGUGGAACUAUUGAAACCAACUCAAAGACCAAGCCGCCUUUGAGUGCGAAGCCGGAUACACUUGAAAGAAAAAUGCAUCAUCCGAUAGUGUCCAGUGCCUCGCUGAUAGAUAAUAAUUCAUCCAGUAUAGGUUCAACAUAUGCACAAGAUGAUGUUGCAGUGUCUUCUUCUACCAAUAGUCCUGGUAUAAUUGAACAUGUUGAGCAACAUUUGGAUUCUCAAAAUGCUUCCAUUUCUCGUCCUGAGGCUGUAGCAGCUGUACUCCAGGAAUCUGGUGUUUUGAAAGAAUCGGAUUUCAAUAAUUCCACAAGCGCAAAUGACAAGGCAUCGUCUCGCGCCCAGCCGUCAACUGCAAAACCAACUAUACACUCUACCCAAAAUGAUAUGAACCAAUCUCUUGUCACAAAUUCAACGAUUUCAGAAUCUGAUUCUAAUGUAGAUACUGUGAUGUCAACAUCUAGAACACAACCCAAGGAUGGGACACAUAUAUCCAGUCACAAUAGACCAGAUGUUUCCAGGGGGCGGAUAGUGACAACAUUUCAUCAAGAAGAUAUGGUCACCAAAACUCCAAGAGGAAGGAUAACCCAGGGCACAGCAAUGAAGGACGUGAGUGAAGGAGCUGUAGAUUCCACCCCUCUAUCCAGCACAGAUGCUACUACUCGUCUGAUAACGGCAGGGAUAUCAACACAGGACACCGAGGAACCCUCCCCUCCAGCCAUCACUGACAUCCCCCUUAGCACAACAUCAACAGAUCUGCCUACAACAGACGUGGGUGUUUCCUUGAACAAAGAGGAAGAGUUUGGGGACCCUUAUUCAACUCAAUCAGAAAAUGGAAUCGGCUCCCCUCAGAACAAUGCAUGUCUGGAUAUAACGGUCAUGACAGAGUUCAUCCCCAGCUGCCUUGACUUCUUCAGUCAGAUAACUCACACCGAUGAUGAGUUAGAGAAAUGCCAGCAUUUUUUGGCCGGUGUAAUUUGUGUGACGGAUGAAUUCUACAAGUACAGCGGACAGCAGUGCACGGAUACAGAAAUCAGUGCCUUCGUCAAACAGCACGCUGACCUUUUCAAAAAUGCUCUUUCCAACUUUGACCCUCUCAAAUGUGUGGUUUGAGAUGCACACAACAUCACGGGAUAGGUUUUGUGACAACAUAUUGAACUCUUGACCAUCUUGAAUGGGACUGAUUGCGAGCUUACUUGUAUAAUAUUGUUGUCCUAAAUCUGUGUAGACUUCAGUCUGAUCAACUGAAAUCCCGUUGGUAUAUGAUGAGCUGUGUGCCAAGUGCUUACCACCAUGUGCAAGAAACUCAACACAAACUUCGCUACAAUGAGUUUCAUUGCCUCUUGUACAGAAUCGCUGUGGGUGAUGACGUGACCUGUGUUUAAGGGAGCCUAUAGUCUAGUCUGUAGAACAAUUAUGUAUGCUUACAAAAUGCUUUUGUUUAUUUACAUGUUUACCAAACAUUUGUUCUUCAAUCCAGACCUCACGCAGAGUUGUGUUUCUUUGUUGAACACUUGUGUCGCAUUAGAUACAAUGAUGUCACGCAUCUCGUGAUGAUGAUGUUUAUGAAUGUUUUAUUGAAGUAUUGUUAGAAUUGCGGUCCAACGCUGCGCGGAGUUGUGAAGUGCAGCAAUGUGUCCAUAAGCCAUUUUCAAGACAACUGAUUCUGAAUACUUCGAACGUAUGUCGACAAUGGUAAUAUGAUAUUUGGAGUUGAAUUGUUUCAUAUUUCUGUUUAUAUUCGGUGGUACAUGUGAAUAUUGCACAUAAAUAAUGCGACCUGAUAAUAUUGUGAAUAUGUCAUAAAUAUGAUUGGUUUUAUUUCUCGUCUUAGAAUUCGUUUUUCGUUUUUACUGCGCAUUCCAUAGAUGUAAGUUGCUCAAAUUUUAGAUAGAGUUGUUCAUUUCUUAUGUUGUUGUUUGUUAGAAGCAAUGACUGCAUGGCACUUGUCAAUUUAUGUAAUGAUGGUAAAACCCUUGUAGUCGUAAUUGUGUUCCUUGUAGUCUCAUGCUCUGAGGAAUGGUGAGGUGAAAUUGGGUUUAACGUCGCGUCCAAGAUUAUUGCGCUUAUAUAGCGACGUGCAUGCACGUGUGUGUGUGUGUGUGUGGCUGCUUGUACUAGUCCGAACUGAU